UCGAGACAUUCAGACGAAGGAAUCAACGAAGGAUGGCAUCUUCUUCUUCUGGGAGGGAGGGCGAGCUCGAUCCAUGCCCCAUAUGCCUCAAUCCCCUCGUCCAAGAAGCCUAUCUCGAUCGCUGCUUCCAUGUUUUUUGCUAUCCCUGCAUCGUUUAUUGGACCAGAUUGGUUACGGAGAAGCAAUCACUGUCAUCAAUUAAAUGUCCCCUUUGCAAGGCUGAAAAUUUUUCUAUAAUUCAUAGUUACACUGGAGAUUCCUUUCAGCAAAAUUAUGUAAACAAGGACAGCAAAAAGAGUUCUCUUUUAGACUCCCAUGAGUUCAGAUUAAAAUUCUAUGGUGCUAGCAGCAGGAUGAGGAAUGGUCCAUUCGAUGUUCAACGAUAUUGGAAAAACCACAGGUAUCUUCUGAAAAAUACCUGGCUUGAAACAUGGUUAAGAAGGGAAAUUCAGGCUCUUAGUCAGGUUGAGGAUGUUGACAUUGUUAUGCAUCAUAUACAUGGUGUGGUUGACUCCUUCAUUAAAAGCAAAGAAAAAGAGGGCCGCAAGUGUACACCUGAGCAAAACCGUAAUGCUUUCAGACAUUUGCUUUUAGAUGCUGGGAGGCCAGCAAUACGCGGAGUUCAACCCGCGAACCGCCGGAGUCCGGCGCCCACGCCGGUGCGUGACGCCGCGGCCACUGCCGGGCCGCCACCGGCCGCCCACGCUAGCUCGCAGCAAGCCCGGGUUCGCGGGCGCUGCGCGCCCAGCGCCAGCCUGCCCGCAGCUCGCGCCGCUGCGCGCUCGCCCACGCUGGCGCUGCCACCGCCGAGGCGCACGCGCCCACGCUGGCUGCGUGCUCACCCACGCCUGCACGGACAGAGGCCAAGGGCCCCUGCUUCCUCCCGCCGCCCGCAAAGACGCCUCGCUUACAAUCGUACACGCUAA